AUGUCUUCCAUCUUCUGUUGUUCUAAUACUCAGGGGUACAAGAAUCGUAUCCUGUCUCACGAAUCCAAGUUCCAGACUUUCAUGGCUUGGGCCAACUAUCCUAAAGAGAGCAGCGCAGUCUCACCUGACACGAUGCCGUCUCCAGCCGACAUUACAUUCGCAAUUCAGGUUGUUAAGCAAACGAACUACGGUCCACUUGAUAGCAAGCGAUACUUCGUCACCGGCUCCGAUGGAGUUUUCGUCGAGGUGACCGAGCAAUGGCUCAUCGACGCGAACUUCGAGAAGCUGAACACGUAA